AUGUCUGAAGAUAAAGCACAGGUGAAGGUGAAAUUUUUCACGCGUGAGCAAGAAGAGUCGCUGCACGUUGAGGAUGUUCCUGUCUACGCACCAAUAUCUUUAAAGAGAUAUGGUCUCUCAGAGAUUGUAAACCACCUUUUGGGGUCGGAACAGCCGAUUCCUUUUGAUUUCCUGAUAGAAGGGGAGCUUUUGCGUACCUCCUUGCAGGAUUAUUUGGUAAAGAAAGGUCUAUCCAGCGAAACAUAUUUGAAUAUUGAAUAUACUAGAGCAGUUUUACCACCAUCUUAUUUGGCAAGUUACAAUAAUGAUGACUGGGUUAGCUCGAUUGACGUUGGGGACAGAAGUAUAAUUAGUGGGUCCUACGACGGUGUUGUGCGCACCUGGAACCUUUCUGGUAAAGUAGAAAAACAGUACAGUGGCCAUUCAGGAGCAGUUCGUGCCGUUAAAUUUAUUUCUAACACGAGAUUGGUCUCAUGUGGCAACGAUCGUACGUUAAGGAUGUGGAAAACACGAAAUGACGACUUAGCAAGCUAUAAUAAUAUCAAUGGUGGGGGUGACGAGGACGAGGACGAGGACGAGAAUGUUGAAGAGGGUAAAACUUUAGCUAUCCUGGAAGGUCACAAGGCUCCCGUUGUAUCUGUUGAUGUGUCAAAUAAUUCAAGGAUUCUAUCCGCAUCUUAUGAUAACUCAAUUGGGUUUUGGUCAACAAUCUAUAAAGAAAUGACAAUAGUUGAUCCAAUGGAAGAUUUAAAAAACAGCAGUAACAACAAGGUUUCAACUGCCGCUAGAAAAAGAAGAAAAAUGGCUUUAAAAGACGGCUCUAUUAGAAGACGCGCUCCGCUACUGUUAUUGGAAUCACAUAAUGCCCCGGUAGAACAAGCUAUCUUCGAUUCCACUGAUAACACUGUUGGUUAUUCAGUUUCUCAAGACCACACUAUCAAGACAUGGGAUCUGGUCACGGCGCGUUGCAUAGAUACGAAGACCACUUCCUACUCUUUACUGUCAGUAGCUCAGUUGCCAAGUUUACAUCUGUUGGCAUGUGGUUCAAGCGCAAGACAUAUUACCUUACAUGACGUUCGUAUGGAUUCUUCAUCAAAGGUUACUCAAAAGCAAUUGAUUGGACAUAAAAAUUUUGUCGUUUCAUUAGAUACAUGCCCAGAAAAUGAGUAUAUGUUAGCAUCGGCUUCGCACGAUGGAACUGUUAAAAUUUGGGACGUGAGAUCAACUUCACCAAUGUACACUAUCACAAGGGAAGAUCCUUCAGUUGAAAAAGGCAUAAAUGACAAAGUAUUCGCAGUCAGGUGGUCCAAGGAUGUCGGAAUUAUUAGUGGUGGUCAAGAUAAAAAGAUUCAGAUAAAUAAAGGGGAUAAUAUUUUCAAAAGUUAG